UCUGUCAGUAUAACUUACAGACACCAUAAGGUAAGAAGUCACAGAGACAGACAAGCUUUCCGGCAUAGAUGGCAGCCCCAAAACAAUCUGGAUCUGGUAAAGAAUUUAACUUUGUGGAUCAGGAUGAAAUCUGGAAAGUUUACGUCAAAAUAGAGCUUGAGUCAGCCAAAGCCUGGCCCAAUAAAUGGGGAUUCUUGACCACGUCCUACAAGACGCAGGAGCAGAGCCACAAGCUGAAGGAAGUUGUAAGAUUAGAGCUGCCCCAGCAUCUUAAAACACGUCCUCCUUCCCCACCUGAGAAAUACAUCCAGGUGGGGCCCUCUCCCCCUGUUCCGCCGACCACCCAGGCUCUGAUUGGCUGGCGCUCAACAGUGCCCGAGCUGCAGCUGGAGCGCUACGGAAAGGUCCAGUGUGGGAAGAAGAGCUUUUUGAAGGAGCUUGGCUGGGCUUUCGACGCCUGCAUAUGAGGAUACAUAUUAGUGCAUAUUUAUUUAGAUGCAUUUUUAGGACGGUAUAAACAUUUUCAUUUUUAACCAUGUUUGUUCUAUUUGCUAUACUUGGUAUCAUUUUUCAAUGGCAGUAGUUGACCAAGUCAUUUCAAUGUGCCUUAUCUUGCAAUUGUUUGUGGCACUUUCAUAAUAUUUUUAUAACAAAUUCAUGUUUAUUUGCACAGUGUAUUUGAAAAAAUUCACAUUAAAAACCUGUGUAGCAAUAUGUUACUGUAUAGAAAUGACAAAAUAUUUGCUAAGACAUGACAUAGCAAAGUGUUAUUACAUAGUAAUAAUCUAAGAUUUACUUUUUUGGUGAAUUCAUUAAAUCAAGCUCACUCGACACCAUUUAUCAGCUGUGUUAAAUGAUUUACCAAGUAUCAGAAAGUACUCAUAAUGUCCUACUACAUACCAGGUAGGCCUAAAUACCAAUGAAAACAGUAGAGCAAAAUAAAGUGCAAUCAAAAGAUUUGUUGAGCAGAUUCAUUCUGGCAAAUGUCUUACCCAUCAGGGCGACACAUAUGGCGAUGUCACACUGAGCUUUUAAUGCAAAGCUACAGCUGCACUGACAUUUAAACAGACAUGCCCUUUCUCUUUAUGCAAUCUACCUAAGGGCACAACACAUUACACACAUUCCACAUGUGGCCAUCUACUAUUAUGAAGCUGUCUGGAAUACAAGUCACACAGCUGUCUAACAGUAGAGGGGGAUAGGCUGAUAUAAUAAUUACUGUGUUGGAUAAAUAUGUCUACUUUCAUAUAUACAGUAAGCUAUUAUUACUGAAUAUAGCUAUUCUGAGUCAAUGAAUCUAGAUAAAGCUAAGGAGACUACUGAGAUUCUAUUAGAAAAGUGUGACUUUACUGUGAUUGUUAUAUAAAUUGAGGACUGAAAACA